AUGAACAAGCAAAGCCUCCUCAACGCACUCAUUGGCGUCCUCAAUUCGACCUCCAUUCUUCGCACGGGGGUUCAAGAGCCCAGCACUACUGACAGCACGAGUCUCCAUGCGACGCCGACCAACGGGACACUGAGUACCGGCGGGAUGUCAAAUUGCACUCAGGCCUGCGCGCUAGGUGGCCUGGCUUGUGUAGUAGCCCUCCCUAGUGAAGCGAACUUCUGGUACGUGGCUUUGCUGGGACUCAUAUUCCGGGUGUAUUAA